AUGAAUAAAACAAAUUACUCUUCAGUGUCUGAAUUUGUGUUCCUGGGACUCUCUGCCUCUAGACCAAUACAGCAUGUACUCCUUGCCUUCUCUUUGGUACUUUACAUAAUAAUUUUUCUGGGAAACCUUAUUGUUGUGUUUACAGUGAUCAUUGAUUCCCAUUUACAUUCCCCCAUGUAUUUUCUUUUAGCCAAUCUCUCAUUUAUUGAUUUGUGUCUUUCUACCUUAACAGUUCCUAAGAUGAUUUCUGACUUGUUUUCUGGGAACAAAACUAUCUCUUUCCAGGGUUGCGUCGUCCAGAUAAUUGGUAUUCACAUUCUGGGUGGAUCUGAGAUGGUGCUGCUCAUCUCCAUGGCCUUGGAUCGAUAUGUGGCCAUAUGCAGACCCCUCCACUACUUGACUGUUAUGAAUCCACGGAUGUGUAUUGUGCUUUUAUGCAGUGCUUGGACAAUUGGCCUCAUUCACGCAGUGGCCCAGUUAGCAUUUGUGGUCCGCUUGCCUUUUUGUGGUCCCAAUGAGAUAGAUAGCUUUUAUUGCGACCUUCCUUGGUUUAUCAAACUUGCUUGUGCGGACACCUAUGGACUGGAAUUCAUGGUUACUGCCAAUAGCGGAUUUAUUUCCAUGGGAACCUUCUUUUUACUGAUUAUCUCCUAUAUCUACAUCUUGUUUACUGUAUGGAAACGUUCUUCAGUUGGUUUGUCAAAGGCCCUUUCUACUCUCUCAGCUCACAUCACUGUGGUAGUUUUAUUCUUUGGACCAUGUAUUGUGAUUUACAUGUGGCCAUUUCCCACAGUACCAGUGGAUAAAUUUCUUGCCAUUUUGGACUUUAUGAUUACACCCAUUAUGAAUCCAGCCAUUUAUACACUUAGGAACAAAGACAUGAAGAUGUCAAUGAAGAGACUGAGUAGUCAACUUCUGGGUUUGAGGGUAUCCCCUAAGUAG